AACCAACAAUCCUUUGCGAACAAAUCUCCCUCGGAUAAAUUCCGGUGUUGUCAUAGCCUCGUUGAUGAAACAGGAAGCGAAUUAGGUUCUCAACAUGGCAUCUCAGCAACAACAACCUCAAAUGUCUCAGGCUGGUGGACCUCAAGUCCAAUCGGGGCUCCAGGCGCCCACCCUUCAACAACAGCAACAACAACAACAACAGCAGCAACAACAACAACAACAACAGCAACAGCAGCAGCAGCAGCUGAGUCAACAGCAAGACUUCGAUCCCGUUCAUCGCUUCAAAAUGCUCAUUCCGCAGUUGAAAGAGAGUCUUCAGAACGUCAUGAAGAUCGCAUCGCUCAAUUUAGGACACAAUACUGCAAUUGACAAUGGCGUUAAGAGUAGUGAUGCCUCUGUGCAGAGAUUUGACAAAAGCCUGGAAGAGUUCUAUGCCCUCUGUGACCAGCUGGAACUGUGCCUGCGACUGGCCUACGAAUGCCUCUCACAGAGCAUUGACAGCGCCAAGCACUCCCCCAACCUGGUUCCCACGGCGACCAAGCCAGACACAGUGCAGACGGAAAGCCUGUCCUACUCGCAGUACCUCAGCAUGAUCAAGUCCCAGAUCUCCUGCGCGAAAGACAUUCACAAUGCUCUGCUCGAGUGCUCCAAGAAAAUCGCAGGCAAGGGUCCGUCACAGGGAUUACUCUGAGCUCCUUCUUGUUUACUUUCUGUUAUUUUUCUAUUUUUUUAAAGAAUAAAAUGUGCAACUAGGGCAAAGCUGUUCCAUA